UCCCCACCUUUUUGUCGGUUACUGCAAUUUAUCGACCAACGGACGGAGGAGCAUGAACUUAAUCAUGUUGUUUGCUGUGUCGUUUUUACUGAUGAUCGCCACCAAAAGUGUAACAUAGCUCCCAACAACGAAAAUUAGGGUUGCAGUUGUCAGGCUGCGUCGAAACCGGGUCUGUCCUACAUCGCAACUAUACCUGCGGCGCCGUGCCGUCCACUGCGCUCCUUGAUAGGAUAGACGUCACGGCACAGCGGAGACAACUCUCACCAAACAAAACACACAACGCCCGGUUUGACCAUGUCGACGACUCUACUGACGGCCGGGCUUUUGGUCCUGCUCGCGCCGUGUUUGUAUAUUUACACAGCAUCGGUAGCGGCGACGCGAUUCCCGGCGCUACGCAACAAGCGCAUAUGCCUCCUGAUCGCCCACCCUGACGACGAGGCCAUGUUCUUUGCGCCCACCGUGCUUGCACUCACGCGCCCUGAGACUGGCAACCACGUCAAGAUUCUAUGCCUGAGCAGCGGCAACGCAGACGGGUUGGGGGAGACGCGCAAGAAGGAGCUGGUCAAGAGCGGCAUGCUCCUGGGCCUGCGCAACGAGGACGACGUCUUUGUCAUCGAGUCUGACGCCUUUCAAGACUCCAUGACAGCGACUUGGGAUGCCACAGCCAUCUCCAGCCUUCUCACGUCCGCCUUUGUCCCGAACCCAGCCGCAGGCGCAAUGAUCGACGUCCUGGUGACCUUCGACAAGGGCGGCGUCUCGUCGCACCCGAACCACAUCUCCCUAUACCACGGCGCGCGAGCCUUUGUAUCCUCGGGAUCGGCCGUAGACCUCUACACUUUGACUUCGGUCCCAUUUUUGCGCAAAUACGCUUCGAUCAUCGACGCGUUCAUGACGCUUGCCAUGAGCUGGGGUCUCCAGGGAGUCUCGGAGGCCAAGAGCCCCGAAAGACUCGUGUUUAUGAACUCGUUGAUGCCAGGCAAGGCGCAGGAGGGCGGUGGUAGCAAUGACGGCGGGGCGAGCUAUGGAACAGCUUGGCGCGCCAUGACCGAGGCUCACAAGAGUCAAAUGGUAUGGUUCCGGUAUGGGUGGAUUACAUUGAGUAGGUACAUGGUUGUGAAUGACUUGAAGUUGGAGGGGACGAGUGCCUCGUGAUGGGGUUGCUGAAAGGAAGAGCUAGCGCAAGUCUGAGAUGGCUUGCCCAAGAUUGCCAGAGUAGCGAGCAUGUAAAUUAUACAAUAUACCCCUUUUGCGCUAUUUGAAAUGAAUACCUACUAUGACGGUUGGCC